GUUGCAGACCGGAUCACCCGUCAAGCGGAAGGAACUCCUGGACUCUGGGUGUAAGCGGAAUAUAAGCUGCCGAGAACCGCAAGAGUGUGUGGAGAGGAAAAAAACUCUGGAUUAUAAAAAAAAACGAAACUGCAAGGAAACAUGUGGGCUCCCAGCGUUGGUCGCCCUCGGAAGGCUUUCGCUAACGUACCGAGUCGUAUGAUUGGGCCGGAAAAGGAGAAAUCAAAGGGAGUUUCUCUGGUGGAAAAUUUUCAAGAAUACUGCUUGAACACCACAAUUCACGGGUUGAGAUACAUUGGAACCAUAAGUUUGUCCCUUUUUGAACGGCUCUACUUUUCCGUCUCGUUCGUGCUGGUGUCAAUUCUAUCAAUCUACUUCAUCACCAGCGUGUACCAAAAGUGGCAAUCGAACCCCAUCAUAAUCGGCCUGAACCCGAUCGCCACCCACAUCCGCGACAUUCCCUUUCCGGCCGUUACGAUCUGCAACAUGAACCAGGCGAGACGCGCGGCGGCCGAACGGAUGGCCCCCAACAGCCGGGAACAGUCGCUGCUGGAGAGCAUUUGCUCGCUGGACGGGGAGUUUAACGUUACGAACAAUUUCCAGGGGAAGUGGAGCGUUGUGAAGGGGCUGCUGCUGAAUGCGACACAGCCGUGUCACAGGAUGAUCGUUUCGUGUCGUUACGCGCAAAAGGUUCAAAAGUGUAUGCACAUGUUUUCGCCGGUGCUGACGGACGAAGGACUGUGCUGUACGUUCAACAGCGUGGAUCAGUCGUUUAUGCUAAGGAAUUAUGACGCGGCCUCGAAUACGGAUUCGAGUCCGGACAGUCCGUUCGAACCGAUCGAGUGGAUUCCAGAGGGUGGAUAUGUUGGUGUUAUGAAGAACAAUAGCUUUCCUCGGCCAAUUGCGGGACCGGGGGUGACGAUGGGUUUGGCGGUCGUGCUGGACGCCAACGUGAGUGACUACUUCUGCUCGUCGACCAGCUCGUCCGGGUUCAAGUUGUUGCUGCACAACCCAACGGAAACGCCCAAGAUGGCCGAGUACGCCAGCUAUAUCCGGGUAGGCACUGAAAGUCGCGUUGUGGUAAAGCCAAAGAUAAGCGACGCGUCCUAUUUGAUCCGGAAGGUUUCCCAGAACCAACGGCAGUGCGUUUUUGCGAACGAAGCGAAUCUGUCCUACUUUCGGACCUAUUCGAGGAACAACUGUGAGAUGGAGUGCGAGGCGAGGCUUAUUCUGGAGUAUUGCGGUUGCGUGCUUUACUACAUGCCGAAGGUUCAAGAGGAUGUGAAGAUUUGCAGCAAAGCCGAUGCCGCGUGUUACGAGGAGAUUAAGGCGUCGAUUGCGUUUACCGCGAACACGAGCUUGAGAUGUUCCUGUUUGCCCGGUUGCUUCGAGAUCAGCUAUUCGAUGGAGAUCACGUCGGCCAAUUUGUGCAUUGGAAAGUUUAAGAUCAACGAGAAGCUUAUCACUCAGACGGAUGCCUAUGCGAGGGAAAACAUUGCCCUUUUGUACAUCUACUUCACCGAGACUUACUUCCGAAGCUUCACCAAGGGCGAACUGGUUGGAUUUACCGAUUUCGUAUCCAACAUCGGCGGACUGCUCGGCCUCUUCAUGGGCUUUUCACUUAUAUCUCUGGCCGAGCUGCUAUAUUUCGUCACGCUGCGGCCCUUGUUUGCCAGACGGCGCGAGCAAAAAAAGCGAGAAGGUGCUCGCGAGCGAGAAUUUAAUGUUUUCUACAAUAGUGUUUUCCAGGUGCCUCAAAAGCCGCAACCGGCCACCGUCCACUUCGCCGACGAGGUCAACCCGAUCAAGAACCUGCCACAGCAGGUCAAAAUUUUUAUCGGUUCACGAUUGCAGCAGGCAGCCGGCUGGAUCGAGAACGUUAUGCGAAUGCGAAAAAAUCCCAUUAAUCGGAAGGGUGGUUCGACAUUUCCCUUCUAUGAGUAAUCUAAUCAGUGGGGAAUUUCUUUCCAACAACUAAGCACGUAUAUCAUAACAGUAAGAGCAACGUUGUGAUUUAUUGUUCCGCGUGAAAGUGUUUCUAGCACCAGAGUACACCUGCAAAAUCGGUCUUUAUCACAGCGAUUUUCAUCCGAAAUCAUGUUCCGUCCCGCGAAUAAAAUAUAUUUCUAAUUUCUAUUGCUACAACAGUGGUAAAAUACCUGAAAGAAUGUCAUUUAUGCGUUCGAGACUAACUGUGCAAGUUGUAAAGAGCAAUACAGAACAAAAACUGCAAACUAAUUGACUACUUUUGUUUGGCAAUCUGUUUGAGUGUGCUUCGAAGACACUACUUCACAUACUUUCGGUAUGUUUCAUCCAUCACGUAGUCCACUCCGUGGUCGAUCGGGUGAAUGAUGAACGGAAUGGCCAGCAGUCCGAUCGCCGUGGGUCCCCACUUGCGAAGCGGACCCUUCAGUUUUCCCGCCGAGAGAGCCUUUUUCGAGAUCCAACAAAUUCUAAAAAUUUGCACCAACGUGAGAAAAAUUUAACAAACAUUUACAAAAAAAACGCUAAAUUACCGAUUAAUGGUGAACCCUGGAAUAAUCACCGAGGCAAACAUUUGCCAGAGCAGGGUGUCACCGGUUGCGAUUGCGGCCCCACGUGGCCCACCACCGAGGGCUUCCGGUUUCUACAAUUACAAAUACCCCCAUAAGCAAUUCUAAUCAUAACAUAAAUUCCUUCCUCACUUACCGCAUACUGUUUUCGCGAUUUGUCCGCCGUAUCGGCCAGCACGUAACCGAUCGAAACCGCGUACGAGGCGUGUACGAAAAUCUUCUUGAUGAUCGGCCGGAACGCCUCGCCGACUUCGUUUGCGUAACCUAAAAACAGGCAACAACAGCAAAAUAAUCAAUCAAAUCAAUGAUAACACCUAAUUAAACCGAUUCCCCCACAUAAGGAUGAUGUAAUAAUUUUGGCGCCACUUUGGACGACACUCACCCAAAUAGCGCACGGGAGUGUCCCGGUACAGGUCCUUUUCCGUGACGGACAUGGCGGCGCGAGGCGGAGUGAUUGAGCAAAAUUGUUGUUCACGACGCGAGGGAAUGCAGUUUCCAAGGUUGUAUUAAUCGUUA